GUCAAUAUGUUAAUUCGAAACGUCAGUUUGUCUUAUAAUUACUUCUUUUUUCUCCAUGAUUCUUGAUUUACAUUUUUCAACUCCCCUGCAAUGAAAUGCUAUUCUGCGCGCUAUUGCACUGCGAUUCUUCUCUCUCUAGGUCUCGCUAUAGUAUACGGACUCAAAGUCAAUUAUCAUGUAGCUGUAGUGGCAAUGGUAAAUCAUACAGCACUAGCGUUAGAAGAAGGGGGUAAUGCAACUGAGGAAAGCCAUGAAGAUGGUCCGUACGCAUGGAGCCAUUUUAUUCAAGGCCUUCAGCUCAGCGCGUAUUUCUGGGGUUACAUGGUAUCGGAGAUACCAGGAGGAAGGGUUGCUGAGGUCUACAGUGCUAAGUGGACGAUGUUCACAGCUGUUGGCGUUAACGUGCUGUUCACCUUGCUGACUCCCCUCUUUUCCACCGUAUCUGCCUAUGCCAUAGUAGUAGUUAGGGUUAUAGCAGGUCUAGGGGGAGGUAUAUCUUUCCCUGGCACCCACGUUAUGCUGGCCCGUUGGUCGCCGCCCCAAGAAAGGAGUGUUAUGAGCUCCAUCGCAUAUUGCGGUACAGCUGCUGGCACCGUGCUUUUCACGUUGGUAAGCGGUCCUAUAGCAAAGUACCUGGGGUGGCAAUGGAUUUUCUAUAUAGAGGGAGGGGUAAGCGCUUUGUGGCUCAUAGUUUGGGCCAUAAUGGCUUCGGACUUUCCAGAAAAACAGAAAUUCAUCUCGGCAGAAGAGAAAGAGUUCAUGGCGAACGCUUUCAAAGAAGAAGGAAGUGGACACGGACAUAUGAAAGUGCCAUGGAAGGCAGUCUUCACAUCGCUCCCUUUUUGGGCCAUCAUUAUUGCCCACCUUUGCUCAAACUGGGGAUGGUACAUGGUCCUCACAGAACUUCCCACCUACAUGAAGAACGUUCUGAAUUUCAAGAUCAAAGAAAACGCCCUGCUCAGCUCAUUGCCUUAUUUUUGCAUGUUCAUUUUCAGCUUGAUCCUGGGAAAAUGCAUUGACAUAAUGAGAACCAAAGGGCUCAUAUCCACGACCAUCGGUAGAAAAAUAGCUACGGCUAUAGCCAGUGUGGUACCCUGUGGUUGCUUUGCAGCCCUCUGCUUCGUAACCGAACCAACUGCGGCAGUGAUAUUGAUGACAAUCUCAGUAACAGGUAUUGGUGGAAUGUACUGUGGUUUUCUCUCCAAUCACAUAGAUUUAUCCCCCAAUUUUGCCGGGACUUUGAUGGCAAUAACAAACACAAUAGCUUCCAUUCCAGGGAUUUUGGUACCUAUGUUUGUUGGCUGGCUGUGCGAGAGCGAUCCAAGUAUUGCAUCAUGGAGAAUCGUAUUCUUUGUAACAAUUGCCCUGUAUAUAGUAGAAGUUGUUGUUUACAUGAUAUUUGGAUCUGGAAAUGAACAACCCUGGAAUAGAGCGCAAGAAGGAACAUAACAUAUUUUUGGUACUUUACUAUUGAAUGUAUUGUGUUGACAACUUCUCACAAGCAAUAAAGUUGUACCCCAU